CAUCUAGGUUUAUGACGCGUUACCAUAACAACGCAAUAUAACUUUUGUGUGUUUUGAAUAGCGUAUUUGUGAUGCGGCAAAUCGACAGAGGCCAGCACGCUGGUAUGCAUCGGCAAGACUCCUUCGCAAUGCAAGACGAAAAUGAAGAGGACGGCGAAAGUCAGCAUCUCAGCGGGAAAUCUGAAUCGGAGGAAGAGGAGUACGAAAGUUUCUUUCUACAACCAGCUUCUUGUCCUUACAAUAUCAAAGAAAAAAUUAUUGAAGCUAAUACUCAACUUCUACAAGAAUCCUUGAACCGAAAUAAACAGAUUCGAGUUCAAUUCCGCACAGAUUUAGUAGAUUUCGAGCCGGAUCUUACUGAUGACGACGUUCAAAGUAUUGAGAGUUAUACUGAGGAAGUAAUUAAUGUAAAUGAAGAACUAAAGUACGUGCUAGAUAAUAAAUUAUGCAACAUUAUUGAAGAAGAGAUUAUUGAAGAAUCUAUAUUUGAAACAAUCAUUGAAUUAAAUCAUCAGAAGCAAUGUGCGGAGGAAGCUGAAGAAGAAAUUAGUUAUUCAUCUCCUGAAGAAAUUGAAGAAAUUGAGGAAAUUGAAGAAAUUGAAGAAAUACAAGACGUAAAUGAAGAUAAAGAGGUGGAGGAUUUUGAUUGUAUAAUAGAGGAAUGUCCUGAAGUUCCCGCGGAGAUUCCUACUCCUUCCGAAAUAGAAAAAUUGAAGAAUUUGUCAAAUAGCCAAGAAAGCACUAAUACAGAAUCGUUUAAUUCAAAACGUAGGUCAACAAAAGCAAAAAAUAAUAAAAUCAAAAAGCGUCGAGUACCGCAUGAGAUCAACUGCAAAAAACAUUGCAUUGAAGAGUUAGACUCUCGCCUCGAUUUGUGCUUAAAUAAUCUAAAAUUAAAUGAAAAUAUUUCGAAACCCAUGUGCCCUACACUACGACUACAUCGUCAAAAAUGUUGUUCAGGUGGAUGUAAAAUAGAACAAAAGUUGCCGCUGUACACAGGCGUACGCUCAGAGUAUGGACUGUCAUCAGCGCAAAUCGAACGCUUAGCAAAACAAAAAGAAAGCACUAAGCUUAAAGAAGAGAGAGAACGAGAGUUAUCGGAUGCCUACCGCCGACGAAAGAUCCAACAGAACGAAAUCAUUUUCCGCCAAUGGCUAAAAGAUAUUACAGUGCGUCGAAUUGCCGAACGCGCUCGGGAGAAAGAAAUCAUUAGCAGAACUGACAGUGGUUUUGUCAGAACCAGCAGGAGCAGUAGGAAUUACAACUUUAGCAGUGGAGAGAGCACAUUACGAAUUAGCAGCAAAGAAAGGCAAGAAAAACUUAAGAAGCAGCAAAAACCACGACCGAAAACAGCUAAUUGCAUAACGAGUUUGCAAUUAAGUGUUGGGGAAGAGGGUAAAAGUAGACUCGGGCAUAGUAGACGUCGACCACGUCCGCAUACGACUUCUUCAUCCACCGCACGGAUUUACAUUGAGGUACCUGCGCAAAUGCUCGAUCACGGUAUAAAGUUGGGGGAGUUGUUUAUAAAGCAGUUGGACUUUAGGAAUAGUAAUUCAAAACAUAAUGGUAAGAAUUUUAAUAAGAAGGGAAGUCAGUUACAUAUGAUAACUACAAACAAACCUAUAGAUACUCCGUAAUCUAUUAAUUUACACAAUUCCUAGAAAUAAAUACGUGUAUUACAGCACAA